AUGGCUAAUAGCAAAUACGAAUACGUUAAGUCCUUCGAGGUUGAAGACGAAGUAAUGCCACCCAAUCUCAUCGUAGUUCGAAUAGACGGACGCGAUUUUCGUAGAUUUUCUCAAGUUCAUGAGUUUGAGAAACCAAAUGAUAAGAAAGCCUUAGAUUUGAUGAACCAAUGUGCUAUGGCUGUUGUAGAGGAGUAUCCUGAUGUUGUCUUUUCGUAUGGAUAUAGCGAUGAGUACAGUUUUGUUUUGAAGAAGACAUCGAAAUUUUACCAGAGGCGAAGCAGCAAAGUCUCAUCCGUCGUCGUAUCAUUCUUUUCUGCUGUAUAUGUCACAAAGUGGAAAGAAUUCUUUCCCUGUAAGGAGUUGAGAUAUCCACCUUCGUUUCGUUCUCGAAUUGUAUGUUGUGCAUCCAUAGAGGUUCUUCAAGCAUAUCUUGCAUGGAGACAAAAAGAUUGCCAUGUUCAAAAUCAGUAUAAUACUUGUUUUUGGGAGCUUGUCACAAAAGGUGGAAAGACUGAAAUGGAAGCACAAGAAAUUUUGAAGGAUCAUAAAGAACAAGACAGAAAUGAACUUCUCUUUCAACAGUUUGGUAUUAACUACAAUGAGUGUCUUGCAUUGUUUCGUCAGGGAACUUGUAUUUUCAAGACGCAGGUGGAAGAUGUCGUGAAGUACAAGAAGGAUGGAACUCCUGUGAAGAGGUUGCGGAGAAAGGCUAGUGAUUUCCGCUCGGAGAAUAUAACUGGGAGAAGCUUUUGGAACGAACAUGCAAGUCUUCUUAAAGAGCUGGGAGGUUUCUCUGAGGACUGUGUCAAAAUAAACCCUGAUUACAUCAGAUCUUUUCUAUUUGACAGCAAGCUGAUGCCAUCUACUUGGAUUGUAAUUAGAAUAGAUGGCUGCCAUUUUCACAGAUUUUCUGAUGUUCAUGAAUUCAAUAAGCCUAAUGAUAAGCAAGCUCUGGAUCUUAUGAAUUUAUGUGCGGUGGCUGUGUUAGAAGAGUUUCAAGAUAUUAUUUUCUCUUAUGGAGUCAGUGAUGAGUACAGCUUUGUUUUGAAGAAGAAUUCUCAGCUCUAUCAAAGGCGAGCCAGUGAAAUAGUUUCUGCCAUUGUAUCCUUUUUCUCUUCGAUGCACGUAAUGAAAUGGAAAGAUGUCUUCCCAAUGAAAGAGUUGAAGUACCCUCCAUCUUUUGAUGGACGGGCAGUAUGUUAUCCAUCAGCUGAAAUUCUUCGAGAUUAUCUGGCAUGGAGACAAGUUGAUUGUCACAUCAAUAAUCAGUACAAUACCUGUUUCUGGAGUCUUGUUAAGUCUGGAAAGUGCAAAAGUGAAGCUCAAAGUUGCCUGAAGGGUACUCAAGCACGUGAGAAGAAUGAAUUGCUGCUUAAAGAGUUUGGUAUCGACUAUAACACGCUGCCACUCAUGUUUCGGCAGGGUUCUUCCGUUUUCCGGGUUAAGACAGAGAAGACCUCAAUGCUGGAGAAUAGCACUUCUGUUGGAAAAGCUCAAACUAAAAUAGUUACCGAGUACUGUAACAUAAUUGAGCAGAGUUUCUGGGAAGCAAAUGCAAGCAUCUUGGAUUAGAAGCUCCAAGAUGCCCCAACAAUGGAGGGCCCUGCAAUCCUAAAGAAAACCUUUUGGUGGUCUUGUGUAAUUCCAACAAGUUUAACAAAAUUUUUAACUUUAUCCCAUUUUUGUAUUAUAGUAUUAGUAUUGAACAUUUGUAUUAUAAUUUUUAAAAAAUUUUAAAUCUAUAUAAUAUCAAAAUUAAAGUUUUUGUCUUAA